AUGGGCAUUCAUGGCAUCUUCAAGGAAAUCGGCCAAGGCCAGCGCAUCUCCCUCGCCAAGCUCUCCUCCGACCACUUCGCCGCCCACGACCGACCAUUCCGCCUUGCGAUCGAUAUCUCCAUAUGGCUAUUUCAGAUUCAGGCUGGCAAGGGCGGGUCCAACCCAGCAUUACGCACAUUCUACUACCGAUUAUUGAGGCUUCUGACCCUCAACAUACACCCGCUAUUCGUCUUCGAUGGCCCGAACAAGCCCCUCUUCAAGCGCAACAAAAAGGUCGGAGGUCCUGGAGUGCGCGUCGCAAGCGUGCCGGAGUUUCUGGCCAAACAGCUGUUGAAGCAGUUUGCUUUUCCAUGGCAUGUUGCGCCGGGCGAGGCCGAAGCAGAAUGCGCACUCCUUCAGCGAGAAGGCAUCGUGGAUGCGGUGCUGAGUGAGGAUGUGGACACUUUAAUGUUUGGAUCUGGGACGACGUUGCGAAACUGGACGGCCGAGAGCACGAACAAGACUCCGACACAUGUCAACGUAUACAGGGCCGCAGAGACGAAGGAGAAGAGCGGCUUGGAUCGCGAAGGCAUGAUUUUGGUUGCGCUCAUGAGCGGAGGAGACUACAUCACCGAAGGCAUACCUGGCUGCGGGCCAAGAGUUGGAUGCGAUGCCGCAAGGGCUGGAUUUGGGAGAGAGCUGGUGAAUCUGGCGAAAAGACGAGACAUGUCGGGAUUGAAGGCUUGGAGAGAGCGACUGCAACACGAGAUCCAGACAAACGAGUCCAAACACUUCUCGCGAAAGAACAACACUCUGAAAAUACCAGACGACUUUCCUAACAGAGAAGUCCUUGGAUACUAUACAGACCCUUGCACGUCGACUCCCGAGAAGUUGAUGCGCUUACGAGCAGAUCUGAAGUGGGACCAGGAGAUCGACUUCCCAGCUCUGCGCUCUUUCGCCGGAGAUGCCUUUGACUGGAGAUGUCUUGGAGGCGCAAAGAAGUUCGUCAGAAACUUGGCACCGGCGAUGCUUGUGCGUGAGUUGAGAUUACUUGGCGACAAGGGCCAGCUCGACACACAUGCGCAAGCAGAGCGGGAGCAAACCCAUGUGCUUGCCAUUCAUGGGAAGCGGAACCACAGCAGCACAGAUGCUGAACUGGAAUACCGAAUCACGUUUGUCCCUCAGAACUUCGUACCCAUUGACCUGAGCCUGGAGGAUGAAGAUGACGACUUCCUCCCAGCAGGUGGCGUUGAAGAGCAAAGUGAGGCAGACGACGAGUGGGCGCAGAUACCUUCAAGCACAGCGCUCGAAGACGAAGAGCCAGCAUCUCCCACCAAGAAGCGGAACUUCAAGCCAUAUCAUCCAGGCCAGCCUGAGAAGAUAUGGCUGAUGCGGAAUUUCUUGCAAGUGGGAUGUCCUUUGCUUGUGGAAGAUUACGAGGCGAGCCUUCGCGAUCCCAAACCGCUGUGCAAGCAAAGACGGCAGGCUCGAGCGAAUGAUGCGAAGGCUGAUAAUAUGCACGCCAAGAAGACGAGCAAGGGGAAGAAGAAAGCAGCUGACAUGCCUGAAAACGCAAUUCAUUCAUACACUCGCGUGAUGAAGUCGUCCCAGCAUGGGCCAGACAGCGAUAUUGCAAGCAGUCAGGAUAGCCGACAACCUCUCAAGGAUGUGUCGGAAAUUAUAGAUCUGUUAUCGUCAUCGCCCGCCAAGCCGGUUGAUCCUCCGCGACCGUCAAUGCCGACGCCUCCAAGAUUGAGAGGAGGCUUCAUUCGAGAUGAUCACGAGCUACCGAGAUUACCAGAUUCGGUGACCAGACGAAGAAAGCCUCUCAAGAGAGCAAAAACAGCGCCAGUCACUGGAGACGAUGACGACCUUACGAUUACGAUAAACCCAGCAAUAGAACGACCGGCAACAUCAAGUCAAAUCGACGCAAUCACUCUCGCCAGCACUCCUCAGCCACCAAAACGACCAUCCGAGCCCAGCAUCAAUAUCCAGCCAGAGACAGAAAAGCCACAGCAACCCAAAUCAAGACCCAAACCCUCCUCUCGCCCCACAUCAUCAUCCUCCUCCUCAUCAACCACCCUCCGCCGCUCCCCGCGCCCCUCCAACACCACCCAGUCAUCUCUCAAAAUCUCUGCUCAAGUCACCAAGAAACGCAUCAUCCCCCGCGACUCCCUUCCAGGUUCCUGGAAAGAAAUCGAAAUCGACGAAAUCGAUCUUUCGGGCGAUGGAAGUGGUUGGGCGCAAAGUGGUGGGAAAGCUAGACUUGUGAGCAGUAUGACGACGACGGAAAAUUUAAAGGUGAAGGGAAAGGGACAGGGACAGGGACAGGGAAAAGGGUGGAGGAAAAGUGGGAUUGAGGUUUUGGAUUUGACUGGGGCGGAUUGAUUUGGGCGUUGUUUGGGGUUUAGUGAAGGUGGAUUGGGAUAGAGAUACUACCUAUCUUGCUCUUGAGAUAAUGAUUGUGAAUGACAGAGCGAGCGGUGAGGGGAUUUUCCUCUGGAGCUUGUUACCCACUA